AUAUAACCCCACCCCUAUCUCCACCUCUGAGCAAAACUCUCUCUGUUUCCGCCAUGGCUGCUUCAUGCAACCUCCUCUCUUUUCACCUUUCAAACUCUCUCUCACUAAAUUACCGCAUAUUCCCCUCUCUCUCUUCCUCAAAGUUUCUUUCUCCUCCUCCUCCACAAAAGUUCUUUACACAGAAAUCAGGGAGAAGCCUCUCCUCAUGGUCCUCCUUUGAUGAAACCAGAGACAAAUUCAUUGAUACGUCUCUCAGAAAUGCAAAUAUUGUGAUGUUUAAUUCUGGAUACAAUGUUCAGAUAGUGGUGGAUGAUGAUGAACCAGAAGAGGUUUUGUUGAGGAGGUUCAGGCGCGAGGUUAUGAGGGCUGGGGUGAUUCAGGAGUGCAAGAGGCGGAGGUUCUUUGAGAACAAGAACGAGGAGAAGAAAAGGAAGGCUAGAGAGGCUGGAAAGAGGAAUAGGAGAAGACGGGGACCACCAAGAAACACAUCAUCUUCAGAUAAUUCGGCAGCUUCAAAGAGGGAUUUAGAUGAUGGUGAUGACAACUGGGAUCUGCCGGUGGGGGACCUUCCAUAUUGAUAAGACCCCCCUUUCCAUCUAAAGUUCAGUUGAUAAGGUUUGGUAGCACUUUUGCUUCUUUGAUGCUGUGGUUUGCCUUGAACACCAAGGCUUAAUGAAGGCAGGUGUCUGGUAUCCUUAGGUUUCUCUUUAUGAUAAAUGUGAAUUUUAAAUUUUUUGAUGUAACAUCUUUGACAAUGCCUGGCCAACCCCAUAUAGUUGGGAUAAGGCUCGGAUGAUGAUGAUGGUCUUUUGACAAUGCCUUAUAUGGAUGAUGAUCUUUUGACAAUGCCUUAUAUGGUCAAAACCCAAGCAGCUUAGUUUGUCUAAGAAAAGAAAAGAGUCAUGGGCUGUCUUUUGAGCACUGCUCAUUUUAUGUUGUUGCAAAAACCCUCUAUUUUUGUUGGAUUGUAAGGUUUAAAUGUUGCAAUUUAAGGUCUAAAUCUUGGUAGUUGUUUC